CAAACUACACUUUUCUCCAUUUCUCUUUUCAUACAAUCUUGCCCCUAAAAACUCCAUUAACAAAUACCCAAUUCUCUCUCUCUCUCUCUCUCUCUCUCUCUCUCUUACCACAUUCUAACUUCCAACCCAACAAUCAAAUCAUUUACCCUUCUUUAGCUCCUCUUUUGUUUCCCAAUCAACUGCUUUUUUACCCACCUAAAUCUACUACUCUUUCUUAGCUUGCCGACAACUUAAGGAUACAAUUUGCUCAAUCAGUUUCUGUAUCCAUUUUGAUCUGAAUCUUCAAAUUACUUUCUGGAUAAUUGCAGAUUUUGCCCCAAUCGCACUUCUUUAUUUUCUGGAGUCUCUUUCGUUAAUUGAAGGAUUUAGGCAUACAAUUUCAACUUUUCAGUUUUUUCUUCCCCCUGUUAUUAUAUAUGGGCUGAGGUGUUUGUUUCAUGGGAGGUGGGGAGGAUGAGGAACCGCCAUUAAAACGUGUGAAGUUAUCCUCUGGACAAUUGGUAGAUAUUUCGGACGGGACAUUUGUUAGAGAUCGUGCAAGUUGUUCAUUGGGUGACUCAAUGGCUCGGCCCCUGGAUCUUCAAGGGGAUGAUGAGGUUGUUGGUACAAAAGGGGUUGUCAAGAAAGUUGAAUUUGUUCGGAUCAUAACUGAGGCAUUGUAUUCUCUUGGUUAUAAUAAGGCUGGGGCCCAUCUUGAGGAAGAGUCAGGGAUACCCUUGCACUCUUCUGACAUUAAUUUGUUUAUGCAGCAAAUUCGUGAUGGUAAAUGGGAUGAAAGUUUAACCACAUUGAAAAAAAUUGGUCUGGUGGAUGAAAAAAUUAUAAAGUUGGCAUCGUUUGUGAUAUUGGAGCAGAAGUUUUUUGAACUGCUGGACAAAGAAAAAGUCUUGGAUGCCCUGAAGACACUGAGGACCGAGAUUUCACCUCUUUCCAUAGAAAAUAAUAGGGUCCAUCAGCUUUCCUCCUUCAUUAUAUCACCUUCUCAGCAGGUUCUUUCUGGGGUAUCAGGUCAAGGUAUAGUGAGAGUAAAGUCACGUACAAAGCUUUUAGAGGAAUUGCAAAGUUUGCUUCCCCCGACAGUUAUGAUUCCAGAAAAGAGAUUGGUACAUCUUGUUCAACAGGCUCUUGACUUGCAACUAGAUGCUUGUAGAUUUCACAAUUCUGUAGUAGGUGAAAUGUCACUGCUCACUGAUCAUAAGUGCGGAAGAGAUCAUAUUCCAUCUCAAACUGUGCAGAUUUUACAAGAACACAGUGAUGAAGUCUGGUUCUUGCAGUUUUCCCAUAAUGGAAAUUACUUAGCCUCGUCAUCUGCUGAUUGUUCGGUCAUUAUAUGGGAGGUCAAAUUGGACGGUGUCUUCUUAAGGCACCUAUUUUCUGGUCAUCAAAAACCUGUCUCCUAUAUAUCAUGGAGUCCUGACGACCAUCAGAUUCUCACUUGUGGUGUAGAAGAAGUUGUCAGACAGUGGGAUGUCGAGUCCGGUGAAUGUAUACGCAUUUAUGAGAAAAAUGGACUUGGUUUGAUCUCAUGCGGAUGGGCUCCUGAUGGCAAGAGGAUAUUCUGUGGUGUAACUGACAAAAGCAUUAGCAUGUGGGAUUUGGAAGGGAAAGAGCUGGAAUGUUGGAAAGGCAACAGGACUAUUAGAAUAUCGGACUUGGGAAUAACAAGUGAUGGGAAGCAUGUUGUCUCUGUUUGUAAAGAAAAUACGAUAGUAUUAUUUGAAUGGGAAUCAAGAACAGAGAAAGUAAUUCAAGAGGAUCAAGCAAUAACCUCGUUUGUAUUGUCCACGGACAAUAAGUAUGUAUUGGUUAGUCUUUGGAACCAAGAAAUUCAUCUUUGGGAUGUACAGGGAACUGUAAAACUCAUAACCAAAUAUAAGGGGCAUAAACGUUCUCGUUUUGUUGUGAGGUCUUGCUUUGGAGGACUAGAUCAAGCUUUCGUUGCCAGUGGAAGCGAGGACUCACAGGUUUAUAUAUGGCAUAGAGGCUCGGGUGAACUUGUUGGGACAUUGGCGGGACAUUCUGGGACAGUGAAUUGUGUUAGCUGGAAUCCAACAAAUCCUCAUAUGCUGGCAUCGGCAAGUGAUGAUCGUAGUAUCCGUAUAUGGGGCUUGAAUCGAGUAAAUAUGAAUCAGCAUGGCACUGUUACUAAUGGCGCGAACUGCUGCAAUGGGCGAAGCUGAAGCCAGAUACAAAAGGACAGUGUGUAAUGUUUACAAGAUUGAUCUCUUACCCCUGUUCACUGUUCUCUGUAUAUUCAUUACGUUCAUGUCAAAGCAAACAUUUAUGACAAACAAGAAUGUGAAAAUUGCAUUCAGUCCAUCAAUAAUUCAUGUACUUUCUCCAUA